AUGGCUAUCGAAGACUGUAUUUUUGAAAUCGAUUCUGAAUUUGAUUCCGACGACGAAAAUGAUGGUGACAAGCAUGACGGUGUGAUGCGAAAUGAUUGGAACGAGCAACUGAAUAACCCAGUGUCUCGAAUCAAACAGUUCAUGGGAAAGUCAAAAGCUGAAAUGAAAAAGCUGAAGGCUGGCUUUCUUACCAGGGAGAUUGCAGCACUUCAGGCCCAAGAUUUUGAACGUCAGUUGAUUGUUGCGAUGAAUUCCUACAAAGAUUGCCCAGUUGCUGUGGAAGGUGUCCGUGGAAAGGUAACGGAUGUUAUCAUCCAAAUGCAAGGAGGCGUAUUCGACAGUGCAAGCUUUGUUGUAGAGUUUGAUGGUCCAGCAGCACACGGAGAUGGAUCGUGA